AUGAAAGCACAAACACCAACAUACUCGAUUCCAAGCAUGCCCGUGAAGGAGAUAGUGGAGUGCCUGUCCGAGAGCGGAUUUAACAUCCUGGUGACAGACAUAACCCAGCCAAACCCUGCGUACAUCACGCGGCUCUACGAAGGCGUAUUGGGGAUAUUCCUCGAGCAGAGAAUACCCGAGAACUUGGACGAGUCUACCUCCCUUCUUUUGAUAUACAUGAACAUGAAGAAGUUUUUGGAGAGGAUAGGCCUAGGCCCUUUCCAUCUGCGAGAUAUUCUUGCGCCUGAUGCAGGCCGAACUAUAAAGAUACUCAGUGCAAUAAUUAACUUCGCCCUGUUCAAAGAGAGCAAAAGACACCUCCUAACAAAUAUAUACAGGAAACAGGAGGAGAUAGACAUGCUAAUAGAAGAAACAGACAGGAGCAUAGAAAAGAAUGAAAUGAUCCUGAUGCAGAAGAUGGGAGAGAAAGAGGAGGCCCUUAUAUUGAUCAAAGAGAUCACCAGAGAUAUAUCAGAGAAAGAGGCGGAGAUAAUAAACUACCACAGAACACAGCAGGGAAUGGCCAUGGAAACAGAAGAGAUAGGGAAAGAGCAGCAGAGAGUCAAUGAGAGCAUCAGCAACGAGAAGUGCGAAAUAAUGAAAAUAUCGCAGGAGAUAACUAAGCUGCAGGCGCGGAUAGUAAAAAA